CAAUAGCACUACAGCAAAGAUAAUGAACAAAUAAUAAGAUUUUACUUUAGUAUGAAAACAGUACAAUAUAAGUUGUUGGUAGAAGUGUUUUCGUUGAGAUUUGAAUAGUAUAAUUAUUCUCAUAUACAGGAUGUUGUCGAAAAGUCGUGCUGUGGCCCGUGUGGCUCAAAAACUAUCCACAAGACUGAUUAGCAGUAAAGAAGUGUUCGAAAAAGAGGAAAAAUACGCCGCGCACAAUUACCAUCCUUUGCCUGCGGCCUUAUCCAGAGGAAAAGGUGUUUUUGUUUGGGACGUGGAAGGCAAACAGUACUUCGACUACCUGAGCGGUUACUCAGCUAAUAACUUCGGACAUUGCCAUCCGAAAAUCGUAGAGGCUCUGGAAAGUCAAUCUAAAAUACUACAUCACACUUCGAGGGCUUUUUUCAACGACGUGCUGGGAGAAUAUGCGGAAAAAGUUACUAAACUGUUCGGAUAUGAUAAAGUAUUACCAAUGAAUACAGGUGUCGAAGCCGAUGAUACAGCAUGUAAAAUAGCAAGAAAAUGGGGUUACAGAAAGAAGAACAUCCCCAACAACCAAGCCAAAAUCAUAUUUUGCAGUGAAAACUUUUGGGGCCGAUCCUUGGCCGCAGUUUCAGCUUCCACCGAUCCAUCGAGCUUCGAAGGGUACGGGCCUUUUAUGCCAGGAUUUUCGUGUGUGCCUUACAACGAUUUGAAAGCUUUAGAGGCUGCAAUUUCUGAUCCGCUUGUGUGCGCCUUCAUGGUGGAGCCUAUUCAAGGCGAAGCAGGUAUCAAGGUGCCUGAUGAAGGGUAUCUUAAAGGUGUCAGAGAUUUGUGUACUAAAUAUAACGUUUUGUGGAUUGCUGAUGAAAUUCAAACAGGCUUGGGUCGAACUGGUAAAAGAAUCGCAGUGGAUUACGAAAACGUGCUUCCUGAUAUUUUAGUAUUAGGAAAAGCCCUUGGAGGUGGAGUUUAUCCAGUUUCAGCAGCUCUGGCCAAUGACGAUAUCAUGCUAGUGAUAGAACCAGGUACUCAUGGUUCAACUUUUGGCGGUAACCCUUUGGGAUCCAAAGUGGGAAUUGCCGCUCUAGAUGUGCUGGAAAACGAAAAUAUUUCCGAAAAUGCUUAUAAAAUGGGCGACAUUUUUAGGAAGGAAUUGGAAAGCAAAUUGAACAAAAAAAUCGUCACUCAAAUUAGAGGAAAGGGACUUUUGAAUGCCAUCGUAAUGAAUAGCAAUUAUGUUGAAGCCUGGGAUCUUUGCUUGAAACUUAGAGACAACGGCCUUUUAGCCAAACCUACUCAUGAUAAUAUAAUCCGUUUCGCGCCUCCUCUAGUUAUCAACCAAAAAGAACUUGAACAAUCUUUAGAUAUUAUCGUUAGCACUGUUAAUAGUGUUUCUGCGUGAUUAAAAUAAGAUUCAAAUACAGUUUGUUUAUUGUUAUAUUUUCUAUUAUGUGUUGUUUUUUCCACAAAUAUAUCUUUAUAUAAUUUUUUAUAAUGAUACUCUUAUUUCAACAGUCUUUACAUCAAUAUGUUGUACAUUUUGGGGGAUAUAGACAUUUUUUUGUUCACAUACAAUCACAAUCUUAUAGAGAGCUGCAAUUAUAUGUUACAUACUUUCAAGAAGCUUAUUAGUUUUAGAUUUGUAAACUCCUAAAAAGCAACAAAACUUAAACACAUUUAUAUAAGGCAAAGCUUCUCGAAACUUAUAUAUUCACUAAAAAGAAACUUGUAUGUAGGUAUACAAGAAUUUAAGUAAAAUUAAUACCAUCAGUAAGUACAUAAGAAUGACCAUUUUAUAUAUCACAGAUUUUCGUAUAUAAAUACUCAAGUUUAAUGUACACAAAUAUUAAGUAAAUCAAUUAUUCGAAACCUAAAACAUUCAAAUAAUAUUAAUAAAUACACACAGAUUAAAUUGCACACCUUUUGCUUGAGCAUUUUUUUAAAAAUUAUUAAUACAGUCAAAGGCGAUUUUCAAAUUAUAGAGAGCAAAAUUCAGGCACAACUCAGCUCACAACAGCGUCACAACAUCGCCGACUUAAAAAAAAAAAAACAGUCUCAUUAACUUAAAAACUAAAAUACUUUAAUUCAAACAGUUGUCUCUACGUCAACAGUGUCAUCGUAAGUCUGCAAAUCUCGCGAUUCCGUGAAUCCAGUUAAAUCUGAAUCGGAUAAGAAGGGACUGGAAUAGGCUCGUUGAGGUUGCGAAUUGAAAUGGCGUCCUUUUUGAGGUUGCAUUGGCAUGGGUCCUCGACGGAUUUGUUGGUAGAGUUCGUCGAUGUCCGUGGCCGAAACGCUGCUGGUUCUUGAGAAAUUUGAAGGAGAUCGAAG